AAGCCGCGCCCCACAAAUUUGACAAGAAAACGAUUUGUUCCUGUGUAAGCCGCGCUGGACGAUAAGCCACAGGUAUAGUCACACCUAAAGAUUACUGUCGUCACGAUACUAUAAUAUUUUCAACUUGAUAUAUGGCGGAAAACACUCAGGUGUCUUGAAGUUCCGCUCUGAGUCCCGCAAUUUAGUCAACUUUCAAAAUUGUCCGAUAUACAUGUGUGAUACAUCAUUAGAAAGCUUAAAAUCUCAAUUUUAUGGGGGAAGAAAAGUUUUGAAAAGGAGGGCAUUUUUUUUAUUAUUUUUAUUUUUUUAUAUUUUUUAAACAGCAAAACCCUACCUGGAGGUGAGAGCACGCGAGGACAGAAUUACAGACGCCAUGACUUUAAUGAGAUUUUAUCGCGUACUUACUUGGUUUCGACCCAAAAACUCAAUGUAGCAUGUAUCACUGAGUGUCAAGACACAGCUGUAAAUGGCCACAGCUGGAUUUUUGGGGGAUUUUCUGGGUGAAACAUGGUACUGUAACAAGGGUCGCGAUGCAGAAAUCGUAGACAUCAAGGAGUGGUCGAGAUUUCCUUUUUCAUAUAUUGACCUUUUUAAACUUUUUUUUUUUUUGGAUCGAUUAUUUAUCAUCUAACAUAUCGGAGAAAAUGUGACAGUAACAAAAAAAAUACACUUAAGCGAUAGUUAUGAGGUAGAUAUAUGUGGCUUUUUUACAGACGCCAUUUUUUUCAUUGUGACAUUUGUUUAGAAGUUUAAAAUAUGUGAGUUAAUUAUUUUUUUUAGUCGUUUUUUUUUCUUAAAACAAAAUAUGAGACAUCAAUUAAUGAUUCUAAGCUAAAAACGACAGACAUUUUGAAUAAUAAAUAUAAUUAAUUACCUUCAUUUUAUAGCUGGGUUGAAACAAAAGCGGUUGCGCAAUGUCUGUAAACGGGGGUUUUCAGGGUAAAACGGACAAAUUAGAAAUAGUUUGGGUGCUUAAUGUGCCACGAAUCUGCUAUGGCAGCUUAUAGACAUAUUGUUCUAUCAAAUACAACAGUUGUUUUGGCUUAAAAUACAGCAGUUUCUUUUAAAGAGGAGUGGAAGAGCAGAAACUGCUUUUUCAGUCUUGUCUGUUUUCCGCCAUCUAUACUAAAAAAAUAUAUAUAUAUACUCAAUUAUCAAUACCACAUAAGUUUAAAAAAAAAAAGUUUUUUUAGUAAACUCGUUCAGUGCCAUUGGACGAUGUUAGCCAUCCAGUCUUGUGGCUCAUGAAAAAUUAACUCUUUAAAAGAGUUUAUCACUACUAGAUGUCCAAUCAAUUUGAACUGGGAGGACGGCAGGGAAAGAAUGUACAUUCGCUAGAACCCUUCGAUUUCAAUUGGAUUGGACGUCAAGCGCAGUCCACGGCAGCCAAUGAGCCAGAGGAAAAUGCUAAAAUAUCUUCAAUUACUAUCAAGAGUCGUAAAGAAUCAAAUUUACCCCAUGACAACAAAAUUUUCUUAACCUCUGAUAGCCCAAAAACCAACAGAUAAAAGACACGUGACAAAUCAAAUCUCGUAUCCCGAUCCAACAUUUCAGUAUCAAUACAAUUUCAUACUUUUAACAACCCUACUAAAUACGUACACCUUAUCAGCCUGCAAAAUCCACAAAUAAAAUGCAUUGGAAUAUAAACUGCAGGAUUGAAAACGGAAAAAGUAGCGGUUUAUAGUCCGAAAAUUAUGGUAAUGUUAAACUUAAGUUGAAAAUAAGUUGAGAAAAAGUUGCUUCAAAUCAACCAUGCCAGCAGACUAUCCAAAGAGAGAAUCAAUUUUUGGGGUGUAAUAACAAAAAGUUACAAUCCAAGCAUUAAUGUGAACCAAGGCGCACAGGUUUUUUUGUAGUGGGUGAGGAGGGACUCAUGCCCAAUGGUGAAUCUUUUUGCUAUUGUUUUAACCACACACAAGUCAUAAAGUCAUAAAAUAAGAUGGAGAAACUAUUUCUACAAUUCUGCACUUGAAUUUAAACAUGAGAAAUCUAUUUACAAACACAUUGUACUGUAUAUCUAAAUUCUUCAGGGUUUUUAAAGACAUUCGCUCAUUAGAAGAAGGACAGUAUGGGUUUGAUAGUUUACUGUUUCAGGUGCAAUCUUUAAGAAAAAUAAAUACAUUAAUUUAUUAAGACUUUUAAAGACUAGGAUGCUAGGGGGAUAUAUGGAAGGUGAACAAUAAGGUACUGAUCCAAUGUUUUGUUUGAUUUUGUCAGAUGUGAACAAGGGCAAAAUACAAUUACUCUUUUUUUUUUUUUUUUUUUUUUUUUUACCAGCUUGGUUUGUAUUCCUCCCUAUAAUAUGCUUUCAAUUGCUGCUGCCUUUUCUUCUACUCUAUAUGAAUCUGUAUACAAGAUAUGAAAUCUUAAUGUAAGCUGCUAAACCAGAUGCAUGCAAUUUCCCUCCAGGAUCUGUCCAUGUCAUCGUGCUCUGACUUCUAUAAUUUGCUUGCAAUGGGAUAGAGUUGCAAUGGUUCGAAGGCUACGGGCUGAAAGGAAGCAGAGGGACCAAAAGGUGCAAGCUGCUGACAUGGCAGGCUGUGAGGCAGCUCAUCAUUCGGUACCGGCGUGACUCCAGAGCAUGUUUACCGACAACAGGGUGGGUGGCUGUUAAUCUCAAACUCGGGUCCUCUACCAGAAGCCUGGGACCUUGAGGGUCCUGCACAGUAUCUUUUCUGUUCCUAGGACUGUACUCUUCUGGACGGAGAUGUCUGAUGUUUUUCCAGUUUGCUGGAAAUGGAAACCUGCCAUUGGGCAUCAUCAUGAAAGCAAUUCCAAGGCGUUUGGAUGGUGCUCUGGGGUGAAACAACAGUAACCCAACCCCUCCUUUUCCACCUGUCUGUGUUCUUUCUGAGAGUCAAGCAAAAUGGAAAUAAGGAAGGGAUCUAUGGAAAACACCAAUGCUAUAAAAACAGAGGUCAAACUGAAGAAUGUGGAUGAAGAUGGAAGCUAACAAAGCUAAGUAAAAUAUAUAUUCUUCAAUAUUGUAUUGUAUUGUAUUGUGCAGUGAUUGUAGGUUUUAGGAUUCCUGUCUGACAACUCAUACACACACACACACCCCAUCCAUUUGUGUUCUUGUAUCCUAAGUGCAGGUAACCUGCUGCUCCUUUUAAAUCAACUGAGAACAUUCAAAGUGCAAUGCAGCUGCACUCAUUCUCCAAUGUUGCCUCCUAUCUAUUCAAAAAUGCAUCACUGGACUUCUAUUGUUCACCUAAAUGGCACAUGAGAUGACCGUAUAGGUGGUGGCUGAGGUGAGGCAAGGUGUGUGAAACCAUGUGGCUUCUUUGCUCCUGCCUGGCUCUGCUGGCCAUCAGCUUCAGAUCAUGUGAAACGCUUCCAUCAGAUCAAGAUGUACAGUGCCCAGCCUUACAAGUUGAAGAAUGGAAAUUUCCUCAUUCACCAAGGGAAAAUAUAACAGGUUUUAAUUUGGUGAGGCGGUUCUCCCUUCUCAAGAAUACAGACAUCAAAAAGAUCCGCAAUCCACGAGGACCCAUCAUCCUCCGCUUGGGCAAGACUCCCCUCGUUCGCCCCACUGAUCAGGUUUUUCCUAAUGGGCUUCCUGAAGAGUUCACUCUAAUCUUCACCCUGGCAUUAAAGAAGUCUGCCCUGAGGGACACCACCUACCUUCUACAGAUAUCUGAUGAGCAAGGAUACCCGCAGCUUUCCGUAGACCUCAAUGGCCCAGAUGGCACCCUGUCGUUGAGAGCCAGACGGGCUGCAAUCACAGAUGACCUGGUGAGCUGUGUCUUCGCUAAUGAGGGUGUGGAAUCUCUGCUGGAUUUACGCUGGCACAAGGUGGCCCUCAGUGUGCAAAGGGAUUCUGCUUCCCUCCUCGUGGACUGCAGCCACACCGAGACACAGCCCAUAGAGCACCGUGGAAAACUGCACCCUGAUGGGCAUACUCUAAUGGGUAUUCGAGCUGCGGAUGCUGGGCCUGUGCAGAUGGACAUUCAGCAGGUGGUGCUCUAUUGCAAUCCAGCCCUUGCCAGCCAGGAGACCUGUUGUGAGAUACCUGGAGCUCGAUGCCCACCGGAUGCCUCCAAGAGCCGACGGGCCGCGGAGAAUGACUUGGAUAACACUUUUAGCCAGGAAAUCAUCUCAUCCAAAGAUCUAGCAGAACAAGUCCUAAAUCUUGCUCGGAUUUCUGGGAUCAAAGGGGAAAAAGGCAACAGGGGUGAUGACUGUUCUGGCUUCCAUUCAAGUCCAUGUUCGGAGGGAACCAAGGGCCAGAAAGGAGAGAAAGGCGAGAUGAUGCUGCCUGCCAACUGGGGUGAAGCAGCUGAAUUCAAGGGUCUCAAAGGUCAAAAGGGAGACAUUGGUCCACAGGGUCUCACAGGCACUCCAGGAAAGGAUGGUCGAGCAGGCUCCAUCUGUGUUGUCGGCCCCAAGGGACAGAAGGGCGCCUCAGGAUCAGUGGGUCCUGAAGGCUUGGCUGGGGAGCCGGGAAUGCCUGGACCUCCAGGCCUACCCGGAGUUGGAAAGCCAGGUCCAGCAGGCCCUCCUGGUCCACCCGGUGGUGCAAAAGGAGACAUGGGUAAACCAGGUGUUGAAGGGGCUGAUGGAUUACCUGGUGAUCGGGGGCCAAGAGGACCAGCAGGUCAUAAAGGAGAAAAGGGAGACCCAUGUGAAGUAUGCCCUACACUGCCAGUAGAUAUUGGCAACACGGUGGCUUUGCCAGGUAGGAGGGGUCCAAAAGGAGAGCCCGGAUUACCAGGAAUUGGAGAGAGAGGACCACCUGGACUUCAAGGUGCGGAUGGAAAGGGUGGGCAGAAGGGAGAAGCAGGAUCAGAUGGUGUUAAAGGAGAAAAGGGCGAGCCAUGCACUAUGUGCCCCACUUUCGGUGAGUUACCCCAAAACCUGGUCCCUGGUGUUGGCAGUCAAACUCUUCAAAUAAAGGGACAAAAAGGAGAACCAGGAAUUGGAAUUCGAGGAGAACAAGGAGAUGCUGGAAAUGUAGGACCACCUGGCCCAAGAGGAGAGACAGGUAAUACAGGUAGAAGAGGAGCUGAUGGUAAACCGGGAAAAGUUGGUGCUAAAGGACCUCCAGGGAAUAAUGGAGCAAAGGGGGAAAAGGGAGAAAUUGGACUGCCUGGUCUUAGUCUUCCUGGCCAGAAAGGGGAGCCGGGGGAGUGUGGUGUGUGCCAGCCAUACGAGGUUGGCAGCGGACCUGCUAGCAUCAAGUUACCUGAGGGAACACGAGGCAACCCCGGUGAACCAGGCCCUCCGGGCAUUCCUGGACUUCCUGGGGUUGGGGCAGAUGGCAAACAGGGCCCCCCGGGUGCUGCUGGAGAAAAAGGUGAUAAGGGUGACCAAGGUGACAAAGGAGAUACUGGAUUCAAUGGUGCUCCAGGAGUCCCAGGACUGCCUGGAGAGCCCGGACGUGAUGGACGGAUUGGCUUAAAGGGAGAGAAGGGUGACGCUUGUACCAGCUGUUCAUCUCUGGGCACUGGAACGGGUGAUGGUGUUGCUGUCCCUGGGCCAAAAGGAGAGAGAGGAGAACCUGGCCCCCCGGGAGAGGGGAAGACAGGCAAAAAUGGUAAACCAGGCUUACCAGGGAUACAAGGGCCUCCUGGUCUGAAAGGAAGCAAGGGAGAACCUGGGCUUGCAGGAGUUGGCCUACCAGGUGAACAGGGUAUCGAGGGACCGAUGGGACUUCCAGGUGCUAUUGGACUUCCUGGAUCCAAAGGAACGCCUGGCCCUGCAGGAUCUGCUGGAGAAAAGGGCCUCAGAGGAGAUGUUGGACCUCCAGGCCCUCAAGGACCAAUGGGCAUUGGUGUAACUGGACCACCAGGAAGAGAUGGCAUCCCAGGCUCCCGUGGCGUUCAAGGAGCUGAUGGCAGACCUGGACUUGAUGGAGCUAAGGGGGACAAGGGUGACCCUGGCGAGUGUAACUGUAUAAUGCCAAUGCAGCCAGGUGUAGGUGGACCUGGAGCUCCCGGGGCUGUCAUAGGCAUGUGGCAUCCAGGUCCUCAGGGACCUCCUGGACCACCAGGGCCACCGGGCCCACCUGGGCCUCAUGGUCUCAAUGGAGCGCAAGGACCUCAAGGUAUCCCUGGAAACGAUGGUAUACCAGGAAAACCGGGUUUGCCUGGAUACGUUAAGCCUGACAUGCAACUGCUCCCUCAAGAUGCGUCUGAUGAAGAUAAAGCUUGUGUUGGGGAAUGCUCCCAAGGGAUGCCAGGUGUGCCAGGUAUGGCUGGUGCCAAAGGAGAAAAGGGAGAUCAGGGCAAGCCAGGCGUAACCCCCUUGGAUAACUGUGACAGUUGUUUGGAGAAACUACAGGCAACAGAACCACGAGAUCCUUGCACCUGUACGGGAUCACCUGGAAUUCCAGGAGUGCCUGGGUCGCAGGGAAUACGCGGAGAACCUGGCAUGCCAGGAGACAGAGGACACGCCGGACUUCCUGGAAACAUGGGCCCUCCAGGUUUCCCAGGUCCUCCAGGUCCAUCUGGCUCACCUGGUCAACAAGGUGAACAAGGGUCAGCUGGAUUAGCUGGAAUCAAGGGUGAACAGGGCUCUCCAGGGACACCAGGCUAUCCUGGUACUAUGGGGCCUCCUGGAAUGCCGGGAUUGAAGGGUGAACGCGGGAGCCCAGGAACGAGUGGCGAGAAAGGAGAAACGGGUCCUUCUGGUCUCCCAGGCUACCAAGGACAGGCGGGCGCACCAGGAGUUAAAGGUGACACAGGACCAGCAGGACCUGUUGGGCCAAAAGGAGAACAGGGCUUUCAAGGACAACCUGGAUUCCCUGGAACCCCGGGCCCACCUGGCCUUGCAGGCAAAUCUGGAAGGGAAGGACCCCCAGGACUGAAAGGCGAAAAAGGUAAUGAUGGUGCCCAAGGUUCUCAAGGACCAACUGGACCGCCUGGCUCAACAGGCUCCCCAGGGCUGAUGGGACCCCCUGGCAUUGAGGGAGUUGAUGGAAAAGAUGGAAAACAGGGUCUCCGGGGAGAGCUCGGCCCACCGGGACCAGCUGGCCCGAGAGGAAUCCCAGGAUUUAAAGGAAAAACUGGCCACACUGGCUUUCCAGGACCAAAGGGAGACAUCGGGCCUUCAGGCCCGCCUGGACCACCUGGGAGGCCAGGACAUGAGGGUGAUCCCGGAACACCAGGGGCUCAGGGACGACCAGGACCAUCUGGCCAUAUUGGGUCACCAGGUCCAGCAGGACCCCCAGGACCUCCUGGUCCAUCAGGAUUGGGUAUAAAGGGAGAUAAAGGUCAGAAUGGAGAGAGAGGUCUCCCAGGAAUGCCAGGACUCCCGGGUCCACCUGGUCACAAUGGAUUAAUGGGAGAACCAGGCAAUGAUGGUGCUGCUGGUAAAGAUGGUUUGGCAGGUGUUCCGGGUGAGAACGGAAAGCCAGGUCAAAAGGGUGAGCCUGGGGCCACUGGCGAAAGAGGUUCCCCAGGGGAGAGAGGAAGACCAGGGCCCCCUGGUGGAGGUUUGGGAUAUCACUCCAAGGAUGCACAACCGAUGAUUGGUCCAGUCGGGCCCAGAGGGGAGAGAGGAAGCCCUGGCUCAGCCGGCUCCCCUGGACCACCUGGAUCUCCAGGAAUGCCAGGACAUGAUGCCGUAGUCAAUUAUGAUGAAAUCAAGAACUUCAUUCGUCAGCAAGUCAUCAAAAUUUUUGAUGAGAGAAUGGCCUAUUACAUGUCUCGAAUGCAAAGUCCUGUGGAAAUGGUGUCAUCUCCGGGUCGGCCUGGGCCCCCAGGGAAGGACGGCAUUCCUGGUAAUCCGGGAGCCCCUGGAGCACCGGGUAUCCCAGGACAAAUUGGUCGGUUGGGUCGGCCCGGAGCCCCUGGCCCAGUUGGACCACGAGGGCCUGCUGGUGCAAAGGGAGAUAAAGGUGUCGGCGAGGUGGGAGAUGUAGGACCACCAGGAGCACCAGGUGUCCCAGGUUCCCCAGGCUAUGGUAAAAUGGGACCCCCAGGUGCUGUUGGACAGCAGGGAGUUCCUGGAAUCCCAGGUCCACCCGGGCCAGCUGGUUCUAAGGGAAUUGAUGGCCGGUGUAACCCAUCGGACUGCAUGAGCCAUCAAGUAGAAUAUAGCCCCAAGGGCCCCUCUGUCAAGGGUCCUUGGCAAUGAGUUGACAAGUAGGUGAAUUUUAGUUAGCUAAGAAAAUGACCGCAGUAUUAAAUAUUCGGAACUUCCCUUGUUGUUGAACAGCACCACUGUGAUUUGUUUGUCCAGUGCUCUUUAAAAAACCAUGAUUCUUUAAAAACCUGAACGAAGACAUAAGCAGUGAAUUUUUAAUACCACAUAUUUUUUUGCAUACAAGUAGUCCCCAGGUUACGACAAACUCAACUUACGCAAUUUCGACGUCACAAUUUUGUAUCCAUUUGUUUUUUUUAGUCGCAUAAACAGUACCUUACUGUACACACAUAUUAUUUUUUGCUUUACUUCAUUAAUAUAACUUGUUCUGUCCUCACUAAACGUGAAGUUGUUCAGUAAAUAGGUUAAAGUAGCCUAAUUUGCCUAACAAAAGUACGCUAGCUUAAAUGCUAUUAAUGCUGACGUAUUUACAAUUCUUAUAGCAAAUCACUCACCCAUAACUCCACAAACUGUAGCUCUUAACUUAAUUACAAAUGCAUACACAAGCAUAUAUUAGCUAAACAACUUACAGCCUGAUGUGGACCAAACCCGAGGGCAGCUAUCCGUUAUCCAUAUCAGACGCCUGAGUCUGCUCUUCAGUCAUACAAGGCAACAGUCCAGCCAGACCCAACGCUGCCACCAGAGGGCAGUGUAUCCUCCAUCAUUAAAAAAAAAAAUACAAUACUUUGGGACUUUUUGGAUAGUUAUUUCCAGAUUUAGGGGUACAUAAAGGGUUAAUUCCGACUGGAAAUUCGGGUUACGUCGCCAGCGUGGGAACGGAACACGCUCGUAACCCGGGGACUACCUUUAUUUGUUAUUUUUUAUUUUAUUUAUGUUUCACACCUGCAAACAAACCACAGGGAGGUGAAAAGAUCCACAGUGUUUUUUUAGUUUUCAGUUUCUUUAUCACAUUUAGAAAGCAGCAACAUGAACUGUGCACUUUGCUUGCACCUCUUAUAUCAUUUCCCCUCUGUUUUUUUUCCUAAAAAAACAACAGUGCCUCCCAUGCCGACAACGGCUUCAGUGCUUGUGGUGCUAUGCAUAUUUCAAUCUCAGAGAAUGGAUGUGUAGACACCCUCUUUGAGGGGUUUACUGUUUUGUAAAUAUUUAUAUUUAUAUAUAGCAGCUUUUUAUACAUUUUGAAACACUUGAUGAGCUAUAUAUUACCAUAUCCAAUAAAAUACUGUAUACCAAAUAUGCGUAAUGUAUGUCAAGCUAUUUGAUGUGGAGGAUUAUUAUUUGUAAAAACAAAACAAAAGCAAAAAAUCAUAUUUUGUAAAUUGAAUUAACACUUUGAAAUGCAUUUAUGCAUACAUGACCAUCUGGAAUGCUUACAAUAAUUUAUCUUAAAUUCACAACCUAUCAAACUGGCAUACGACUGCUUGUUUAAAUUAUAUAAUUUGAUAGCAUCAAUAGCCAAAUUUAAUUUUUUUUUUCUUUUUUUUUUUUUAGCCAAACUUUUUAAGAAUGAGUUGCUGUUUUUCUUUUGCUAAUAAUAACCAGCAUAAAACUGCUUUCUAAUGUCUGUAAAAUGUCAAUGCCACUCAAUACAAUCUUAUGUAUAUAUUGUUUUAGGUCAUUGCUGUGCAACUCAUGUUUCUUCCAUAAGUUGUUUUAUAAAUCAUUUGAGAGAGACAAAACAUUGCAAAGCAAGGUUUGUUGUUUUUCAUCGGAAUAUAUUUGUUCAAUUGGUGUGUUCAAGUGAAAUAAAUUACAGUAUACACAGUAUGUAUGUGCACUCAUAUUUAAAACUGCCAAACAAGUGUUGACAAAUUCAAACCAACUGCAGCUUGCACUCUCUACUAAUUGUAUUUAAAUAGUAAGCAAACAUCAGUUUUACAUUGUAAUAAAGAACAUUGUAUUUUAUAAAAAGGUUCAUUUUUAUUGGUUUGGAAAGACUUGAACAGCCAGGAAAAAAAAGUUUUUACAGUUGAUUAUAUU